AUGAAUCAGAGCGCUCAAUCGAUUUCUCGUCCUAUAGCUCGUGGGAGUGCUUGUAUAUCCUGCCGCAGGCGAAAAGUCAAAUGUGAUGGGGUGCGGCCUGUGUGCGGCCCUUGUGAAAACUUCUACAUAUCCAAAGAUUGUGAAUAUGGGGUGGACAACACUCGCACGCAGACUGAAAUUCUGGAAGACCAGAUCAGUCACCUCGAGGAACGAAUCAAUCGUCGAAUGAAUCCUGUGGCGUCUUCGAGUAGACCCGUUAUUCUUUACAAUCCAUACUCGAGCAGACCUGCGACAAAUUCUCCACCACCCGACGUUGUUGAACGACUCAUAGAAGCGUUCCUCGCACACUGUUCUGGCUUUGGAUUCUUCUUGCACGUUGCUCGAUUUCGGGCAUCAAUCCUCCUCUCGUUACCAGCUGGCCACCCGUCCCGACCUUCUCCUGCUCUCAUCUACUCGGCUUAUCUGCUGGGCUUGUUUUUUCUGGGAGAUGCGAGCUUGCAAUCUCAGGAGCAAUACUAUCUCACCGAGGCUACUCGAGAAGCCACCACUAUUUCCUCGGGAAGUCACCCGAGUGAGAUUAUUCAUGGAAUUCAGGCCGAAGUACUUCUUGCUUACUACUCCUUCAUGAAUAAUCGACAGACUGAGGCCAAAUAUCAUACCACGGCUGCAGUAUCUAUCACACUCGGAGCUGGUCUGCAUAAGAUUCGUUCAAGAAAUGUGGCACGAGGGUACUAUCGGAGUCCACUGCCGUCCCCCUCCGAUCCCGUUGAAGAAGGAGAACGUAUUCGGGGGUUUUGGAGCGUGUUCAUCCUAGAUCACUGCUUAUCUUCUACGCUUGGCGAAACGCCGAAUAUGGCAUUCCCACCUGACAAACCCGAUGCUGCGCUCGAUACACCAUGGCCUCUCGGCAUGGAUGAUUAUGAAUUGGGGCGAUUCCCUGGGCAUAUCAGCACAGACAGAACGCUCAUUAAAUUCUUCAGUGGUCAACCUACUUCGGAUUCGGGCUCUUCGCGCCUCGCGAUGCACGCCAAGGCUUCUUGCCUGUGGGACAGAGUCGAAUCGCUUGCGCGGGCAUGGACUCCUGGGACUUCGUAUUCUCAAUUCUCUGCUUUCUCAGCACAAUUUUCCUCUCUCGACACGAUACUUGAUAUUAUCAAAGCCUCGCUCCCGAACCUAACCCAAAUUCCCGGGAUAACCGACCGAGAGGAAGCGAAAUGGAUACUUAUCUGUUACAGUAUCAUCCAUAUGUGCACUAUUAAGCUACAUGGUAUUCUUGCUGAACAGAGCGCAAAUUCGAAGGCGAAGAAAUUAGAUUCUGCGAAGAAUAUAAUGGAACUUGUCGUAACCGUAGACCCCGAUCAUCUCUUGCACCUCACACCAGUCAUUCAUGAGAUUUGGGCUAUUGUUGCCCAUUUAGUAAUGGAUGAGAUCGAGAAUUUGAAAUCUCAACGCGCUCAAAGAGGCUGGGCAAGCCAAGUCUCCAUCGGAAGGGAAACUGCGUUGUCAAAUUUAGUGCGCCAAGCACUCACUGUGGUGUCUACUCUCUCUGCGAGUUGCCCUUUUUCAACAGCGCUGAUCAGCGGACUCAUGGAUCGAUUCAAUGCACUUUGA